UUCCAACACAACACCGGCAACAAACAGAGAACAAUGGAACAAAUCUUAGCCAUGACGAAGCCGUCGCCGUCGGCGACCGCUCUCCUUGCGUGCAUUUGUCUUCUCGCCUUCAUCUCGCCGGCAGUGCACGCCGAGGAUCCUUAUCUCUUCUUCACCUGGAAGAUCACCUACGGCACGCUGUCUCCUCUCGGCGUCCCCCAACAAGUCAUCCUCAUCAACGAUCAGUUCCCCGGCCCCAACAUCAACUCCUCCAGCAACAACAACGUCGUCAUCAACGUCUUCAAUAACAUCGACGAGCCCUUCCUCUUCACAUGGAAUGGCAUCCAGCAGAGGAAGAAUUCAUGGCAAGAUGGCAUGCCGGGAACCAACUGCCCCAUCCCUCCGGGCAAGAACUUCACGUAUCAUUUUCAAGUGAAGGAUCAAAUCGGGAGUUUCUUCUACUUCCCCUCCACCGGUAUGCAACGGGCCGUCGGCGGCUUCGGCGGCCUCCGUAUCAACAGCCGCCUCCUCAUCCCCGUCCCCUUUGACCCCCCUGCUGACGACUACACCGUACUCAUCGGCGACUGGUACACCAAGAGCCACAAGGUGAUGGCUUCCACCCUCGAUGCCGGCCAGAACAUCGGCAACCCCAACGGCGUCCUCAUCAACGGGAAGACCGGCAAGGACGCUUCCGGCAAGGACGACCAGCCAAUGUUCACCAUGGAGGCCGGCAAGACGUACCGGUACCGCAUCUGCAACGUGGGACUCAAGCUGGCGCUCAACUUCCGGAUUCAGAGCCACGUCAUGAAGCUGGUGGAGAUGGACGGAUCGCACACGGUGCAGAACGAGUACGAUUCUCUCGACGUCCACGUCGGCCAGUGCCUCUCUGUUCUCGUCACCGCCGACAAGACCCCCGGCGACUAUUACAUGGCCACCUCCGCCCGCUUCACCAAGUACUCCCGCAACGCCACCGGCAUCAUCCGUUACGCCGGCUCCACCACCCCGCCGUCGUCGGAUAUCCCGGCGGCCCCCAUCGGCUGGGCCUGGUCCCUCAAUCAGUGGCGCUCCUUCCGGUGGAACCUCACGGCCAGCGCUGCCCGCCCCAACCCCCAGGGUUCUUACCACUACGGCGGCAUCAACAUCACGCGCACCAUCAAGCUCCUCAGCUCCGUCGGGCUCGUCGACGGCAAGCGCCGCUACGCGAUUAACGGAGUGUCGCAUGACAAUCCCACCACCCCUCUCAAGCUCGCCGAGUAUUUCGAAAUCGCCGAUAAGGUGUUCCAGUACAACAUCAUCUCCGACGACCCGGCGCCGGAAGCGAUGAACGCCAUCAAGAUCGCGCCUAACGUCAUUAAGGCCACCUUUAGAGACUACAUCGAGAUCAUCCUCCAGAAUCCGGAGAGGAGCAUCCAGUGCUACCAUUUGGAUGGCUACUCCUUCUUCCCCCUCGGAAUGGGACACGGGAAGUGGAAUCCGGCGAGACGGAGCACGUACAACCUUCUGGACACUGUGAGCAGGCACACGAUUCAGGUGUACCCGAGGUCAUGGACGGCGAUCGCGCUGACGUUCGACAACGCCGGGGUUUGGAACCUGCGGUCGGAGAUGUGGGAAAGGCACUACCUCGGGCAGCAGGUCUACGUGAGCGUGUUGUCUCCGGUGAGGUCGCUGAGGGAUGAAUACAACAUGCCGGAUAACGCGUUGCUCUGCGGCGCUGUAGUCGGAUUGCCCUUGCCACCGCCGUAUGUGAUCUAA